AUGGUUAAGGGGAGGAGGAAAAGAACUCUUUUGAAAAAGAUAAAGGAUUCUGAGGGUAGUUGGAUUACAAAUUUAGAUGAGAUUGCAAGUGAAGCAGUGCCAUUUUAUCAGAAGCAGUUUUCUCAGGAGGAUGAUCAUGCAGAUGCUUUAUUUUUUAAUCAUGUUCCUGAAAUGGUGAGUCAAGAGGAUAAUGAGAUGAUGUGUGCUACACCAACUAUUGAUGAGGUUAAAAAUGUUGUGUUUGAGUUAUCAGGGGAGAGUGCAAGUGGUCCUGAUGGCCUAAGUGGCCUAUUUCACCAAGCUUGUUGGGAUAUAGUUGGUAAUGAUGUACUGAAUGUGGUGAAAGCAUUUUGGGAAGGACAUACACUGCCUAAGUCCAUUACACAUACUAAUCUGGUGUUGCUGCCUAAGAAGAAUGAUGUAGAGACCUUAUCAGAUAUGAGACCUAUUAUCCUAAACAACUUUAUUAAUAAGGUUAUGUCAAGGGUGAUUCAUGACAGGAUGGAUAAAGUUCUGCCAAGUCUGAUUUCUGCUAAUCAAUAUGGUUUUGUAAAGGGUAGGAAUAUCAUUGAGAAUGUGUUGUUAGCUCAAGAGUUUGUAUCUAAUAUUAGAUUGAGAGGCAAGCCAACAAAUGUGGUAAUUAAUCUUGACACGACCAAGGCCUAUGAUAGGGUGUCCUAG